CGUUCCGGUAAUGGCGCUGCAGAGUAGCGGGGAGUUUUAUACUAAAAAGUAAAUUUAUGAACCGUUAGCUAUUGUUUUUUUUUUUGUUUUGUUUUUUUUUGUCAAACCUCUGUUGCUAACAGUGCGUAGCCAAAACCUGUCCAAAUGAGCUGAUGCCAAAAGUUUUCCGUGUCGGGACCGUAAACACGAAAUGCACCGCGAGACUGUGCUAUGAAAGGUUUUGAGGAUGACAGUCCUGAAUCUGUCCUUUGCUGCAUGUGGUUUCCUGGGGAUCUACCACUUGGGCGCCGUGGGGGCCUUCCUCCGCCACGGGGACAAGCUGCUGGGCUCUCUCGGGGCCUGCGCAGGCGCCUCGGCCGGGGCCCUGGUGGCUGCUGUAAUGAUCACGGCUCCCGACAAGCUGGAGCACUGUAAAGAAUUCACGUACAGGUUUGCUGACAGUGUGAGAAGGCAGCGGUUUGGAGCUGUCACACCGGGCUACGACUUCAUGCUCACGCUACGGGAGGGGAUAGAAGAGAUUCUGCCCAGCGAGGCUCACAGUCUGGCCGCAGACCGCCUCCACAUCUCACUGACACACUCCAAAACUGGCAAGAACCACAUGGUGUCCAGGUUUGCCUCCAGGGAGGAGCUCAUAGAGGCUCUACUGGCUAGCAGCUUUGUACCAGUCUAUGCUGGACUCAGACCAGUGGAAUUCAGGGGACAGAAAUGGAUAGACGGAGGGUUCACGGACAGCCUGCCGAUUCCGCCGGUGGGACGAACCAUCACCGUGUCUCCCUUCGCCGGCCUGCAGGAUGUGUGUCCUGUCCACAGGGGGCGCUUCAACACUCAGCUCAGACUGGCCAACAUGAAAAUAAUGUUCUCCGUGGAGAACAUCAAACGUCUGAACCAGGCGCUGUUCCCUCCAUCUCGCGGCAGAAUGCAGCUUUUAUGUGAGGAAGGCUUCGGCGACACCAUGAGGUUCCUGAAGAGGGAGGCCUGGGCGAGCUGACGGUCGUGGAAAGAACCAAGAGCCAUCUACAGAAAUGUGAGAGUGGAUUUCAUAGAUUUGACUUUAUUUAUUUCCUAGUUUUUUAAGAGUGUUUCCAUGGAGUAAUGUUGUAGAGAGACUUCAAACACACUGAUACCAACAGCUCCAUGUGGACUGAUGCGUAAACAUCACCAGUGCUGGCCUCUGUGUGUACUUACAGAGCAUGAAUGGGUGUGUGUAUCAUUGUGAGCUUCGAUCAGAUAAGUGUUGUCACACAUGCACACACCACAUCUUUUUUUUUUUUUUGUUUUCCUCCAGCAUGGGAGGAAUGCAGUUCUCCUGGUUUGUCCUCCCCCAGGACGGAGUAGCAUGUUAUUUACACUCAAGGUACCACUAAAUAAAACCUUUGUUUACUCUAACCAGUGAUUUAAUGAAGUUUUUAUUGUUUUUUUGUUGUUGUUUUUUUGUGAAAUUGUGAAAUUUGAGAAUGAGAAAAUGAUUAAACUAACACGCAA